AUGACAUGCCGAAGCUUAUUACUGAGAGCUUUCCAAGCGAACCUUGAGUCCUGCCAAAAAAGAAUACCUAGUGAGACACAAAGCACAUAUAUAAAGUCUCUUGGUGGUAUUUCUAUAGAGCUUAUGCAGAAGUAUACAAAAGAUAAUGGGAUGAAGAAUUCACUUUUCAUCAAUAAGAAUCGGUCCCGGGGGAAACUGGUUCUGCUAGCGCGAAUAGUUAUUCUUUCUGCGAAGAUCUUCUAUUCAUAUAACACCUGA